CAUCAAGCAAUCACACACCCCGUACAAGCAGUCUCUCACACACAAUACAGCACCAGCUAGCGUCGGUUCUCAGUUGAAUUUGAAGGCGAUGGCGUCCAAGCAGCAGGAGAGGUCGGAGCUGGAGAGCAUGGCCCGCGAGGGGCAGACCGUCGUCCCCGGCGGGACCGGAGGGAAGUCCGUCGAGGCGCAGGAGAAUCUCGCCGAAGGGCGCAGCCGAGGUGGGCAGACUCGGAAGGAGCAGCUCGGGGAAGAAGGGUACCGCGAGAUGGGGCACAAAGGCGGGGAGACUCGCAAGGAGCAGCUCGGAGAGGAAGGUUACCGCGAGAUGGGGCACAAAGGCGGGGAGGCUCGCAAGGAGCAGCUCGGGGAAGAAGGGUACCGCGAGAUGGGCCACAAGGGCGGGGAGACUCGCAAGGAGCAGUUAGGGGAGGAAGGGUACCGCGAGAUGGGGCGCAAGGGCGGACUGAGCACCAAGGAGGAGUCCGGCGGCGAGCGCGCCGCCAGGGAGGGCAUCGACAUCGACGAGUCCAAGUUCAAGACCAAGUCCUAGAUGACCAGUGCUCACCUAGCAGAGCAAGCAGCUCAGUGCUGAUGUCUGAAAGUAGCUGGCUGUUAGUUUACCUCCGUAGUGCGCCCCGUACCACUGAAUAAUGUAGGUCAGAUCCUGACGAUGUGCAUGCAUGUAGGCGAUCAUAUGUAGUAUGAUCAUGUGUGCUUCGUAGCUAUAGCCUGUAGUGGUUAGUUGAGUCAGUUAACCAGGUGUCCGUGUUAGUCGAAGUGUGUUGUGGCUCAUCUGGCUUCCCAGCCAAUGCCCAACAGUGUCCUAUGUAUCUUUGCGUCUUCAGUAAUGGUAGUCGUUUGUUGCUGAAAUCUAAACCUUUAAUAUGAAUGCUACCACGUGCUAGUUGUUGGGUUUUUCA